AGGCCAGCUGCUGCUGUCCAGGACUGCGCAGCACCAUUGGCUGGCUCAAUGGAUGACUUGCUAACUUUUCUAUUAUGCAUGUCAGUUUACCUUUAGUGUGUUCUUGAGCUCAUUCUCAGGUAAACAGAGCUGAGAGGCAGCCUGUCACAAGACACUGCGCAGCAACUGACAGGUUUUCAUCUUGGACCAGUGGAAGCAGUCGCACCCUUGAAGGCAUCAAAAAUGGAGCUGAUUGGAUCCACUCUGACAGCCACGUAUGCUCGGCCAAAGAGCAGCCACUUUCUCCCUGCCAUCUCCACUAUGGCAUCCAGCUAUCGAAACCCCCAGACAGCCCUGACCGUGAAUCCCAGUGCCGGUCUGUGGAGGGCAAACAGCUAUUACAAGAGCAACAGCACUAUCCCAUCCCCUUCCAUACAGCGAGAGAAUUUAGAUCUGGUCCGUGCCAAGACCGUGUUGUACCCAUCCAACAGGAGUGUGCUGACCACCCGCUACACUCCGGAUGACUGGUACAAGUCCAACCACAACAACUACAGGGAAUCCGAGUCUUCCCGGAAAAGUGCAGAGAGACUAAGAAAAGACACCAUCAGGCUGAUGCAGGAUAAAGAGCAGCUCACCAGACGAACCCAGGAGAGUACCAGCAAGAACAUUGGUGAAAGGCUCAGUGACAUUGUCUUUUGGAAGUCUGAGCUGAGCCAUGAGAUUGACAACAUGGUGACAGAGAUAGCAGCUCUUAAUGAGGUCAAGAGGAGGCUAGAGAGAGCCUUGGCAGAGACUGAGGGGCCCCUUCAGGUGUCUCAAGAGUGUCUGUACCACAGAGAGAAGAGGAUGUCCAUUGACCUGGUACACGACGAUGUAGAGAAAGACCUCAUAAAGGAGGUAGAAGUUAUAAAGUCAUGUCAGGAAAGGAUGCGACGACAUCUGGACAGAGCCAUUGCUCAGCUGGCGUCAAACCGAGCAGCUCAGCAUGAGUUGGAAAGAGAUCUGAGUGACAAAGUGACGGCUCAAAGGAUAGACGAAAGGUGUCACUAUUUGAGAAACACAUCAGAUGGUAUUGGCUAUUACAGAGGAAUUGACAGACUAGACCCUUCCAUCUCUCUCCCUGACUCGUGGUCCAAGUUUACAGAUGACAACAUCCUGCACUCCCAAAGUGAGCGAGCCGCCUCCCACAAGCUCAGGGAUGAGAUAGAAAUCCUGCUGAACUCCACUUCCAACGAAAUGUGGAACCAGUUCAACAACGUCAAUGUAGCCUUCAGCAACCGCAUAUCAGAAACCGCUGACGCCAAGAACAGCCUGCAGACACACCUGGCUAAGACUCUACAAGAGAUCUUCCAGACUGAGAUGCUAAUAGAGUCAAUAAAGAAGGCUCUCAGAGAUAAAGAGUGCCCAUUAAAAGUGGCUCAAACAAGGCUGGAGGAGAGGACCCGCAGGCCCAAUAUAGAGCUCUGCAGGGACAAUCCACACCACAGACUUGUGAGUGAGGUGAGAGAGAUCGAGGACACCAUUCAGAAGUUUCAGGAGAGGCUGAUGGAGGCUGAGAACACUCUGCAGACUUUGGUCCUGACCAAAGUCACCCUGGAACAUGACCUGUCUGUCAAGGCCAACUCACUCUUCUUGGACCAGGAAAAGUGCAUGAGCAUGCGCAAGAGCUUUCCCAGCAUGCCACGUCUGGUGGGCUACACCUGAAUCCAGUCUUAUGAAGAGGACUGUUGGAAGACCAAGAGUGUUUGUGUUUCAGUGGGUUUGGAGUAGUUUAGAUGAUGUGUGGAUAAUCUAAACACAAUGACUUUAAAGCAAAGAUGUCAAU